UCCCUGCCAACAUGGCGGUCAGCAUCCGCGGCCGUCCGACCCGGAGUGUACGGAUGAGAGGUCGGAAUGACAGCGGGGAGGAGAAUGUGCCGCUGGAUUUAACGCGAGAACCUUCAGAUAACAUGCGAGAGAUCCUUCAGAACAUUGCCAAACCUCAGGGGGUUUCCAACAUGAGGAAGCUCGGCCAUCUGAACAACUUUGUUAAGCUCCUGAACAGUGUAGGUCACUGUGAAGAGAAAUUAGGAUUUACAUUUGAGGAAAUCAUCAUUUGUCUGCGUGUUGCGUUGCUGAAUGAGGUUAAGGAGGUUCGGGCUGCAGGUUUGAGAGUACUUCGGUAUCUGAUUCGAGACUGCAGCAUCCUCCAGAAAGUUCUUCAACUUCAGGUGGAUUACCUGAUCUCCAGGUGUAUUGACAUUCAGCAGAGUAAUGAGGUGGAGAGAACUCAAGCCCUCAGACUGGUCAGGAAGAUGAUAACGGUGAAUGCACAGCUCUUUCCCAGCUCCCUGACGAACUCCUUGAUCGCAGUGGGCAACGACGGGCUCCAGGAGAGAGAUCGUAUGGUGCGAUCCUGUAUUGCCAUCAUAUGUGAACUUGCGUUGAGGAACCCAGAGGUGGUGGCGCAGCGGGGGGGUCUGAGCACCAUCCUGAAGAAUGUCAUCGACUGUCAGCUGAGCCGCAUCAACGAGGCCCUGGUCACAACCAUACUGCACCUGCUCAAUCACCCCCAUACACGCCAGUAUAUGCGUGCUGAUGUCGAACUAGAGCAAAUCCUUGCACCUUACACAGACUUUCACUACAGACACAACCCUGAAACAGCAGAGGCACAAAUCAAAGAGGACAGAGAAGCUCGUUUUUUAGCCAGUAAAAUGGCCAUUGUGGCAGCGUUUCGCUCUUGGUCAGGUAUCAUAAACCUUUGUAAAGCUGGCAACUCGGGGGUUCAGUCUCUGAUUGGUCUACUCUGUAUACCAAACAUGGAAGUCAGGAAAGCCUUAUUAGAAGUAAUGUAUGAGAUCUUCAGAUUGCCCGUUCCCUUAGUGACGGGAGAUUUUGAGGAAGCCCUGCACAGUGUGGACCCCAGCAGAUUCCAGGACAGCUGGAGGUUAUCUGAUGGGUUUGUAGCUGCAGAGGCCAAAGUCAUAUUGCCUCAUAGAGCACGAUCCAGACCAGACCUCAUGGACAAUUACCUGGCACUGCUACUGUCUGCCUUUAUCAACAGUGGACUACUGGAGGGUCUAGUAGAGGUGGUGACCAGCAGUGAUGAAAAGAUAUCAGUCAGAGCCACAAUACUGCUGGGAGAACUGCUGCAAAUGGCCAAUACGAUUCUUCCUCACUCUCACAGUCAUCAUCUGCACUGUCUGCCCACGCUAAUCAACAUGGCUGCUUCCUUCGACAUCUCCCAGGAGAAACGGCUGCGUGCCAGUGCAGCUGUGAAUCACCUAAAGCGUUUCCAUGAAAAGAAACGGUGUGGCCCCAAACCUUACAGUCUUUACCUUGAUCACAUCAUCUGCAGGACGUCCACAUCCACACAUAAAAUAGACCAGCACCAGCGCUCACACAAAGACAUCUAUAUUAUGAAGGACACUGAAGAGGCGCUAAUGAUGAACUUGAGGGACAGUCAAAUCCUCAACCACAAACAAAAUCUGGUCUGGAACUGGGUUCUUAUUAUCACUAUACUGAAGUGGCCAAAUGUGAACCUCAGAUACAACAGGGAUGAGCAGAUGCACAAGUUUGUUAGGAGAUUGCUGUAUUUCUAUAAGCCCAGCAGUAAGCUGUACUCUGCUCUGGAGUUGGAUCACGCUAAAGCCAGACAGCUGACAGUAGCAGGAUGCCAGUUCAUCCAGUUCCUCCUGGAUUCAGAUGAGGAUGGUCAGGUGUAUUUGGAGGAUUUGGUGAAAGACAUUGUCCAGUGGCUCAGUUUGUCCUGUGGGCUUAAACCUGAACGCAGUCUCCAUAGUAACGGCCUCCUCAGCACCCUCAGUCAGCACUACUUCCUGUUACUGGGAACUCUGUCUUCACAACCAUCUGGAGUGAAAAUGCUGGAAAAGUGUGGCGUGUUUCAGUGUCUGUUGAGCAUGUGUUCAAUGAAAAACCAGGAUCAUCUGCUGAAGCUAACGGUCUCAACACUGGACUACAGCAGAGAUGGUCUUGCUCGAGUCAUUCUCUCCAAGAUCCUCACAGCGGCUACUGAUAACUGUCGUCUGUACGCCACCAAACACCUGCGUGUGCUGCUGCGUGCUAAUGUGGAGUUCUUCAGUAACUGGGGGAUGGAGUUGCUGGUCACACAGCUCCAUGACCACAACAAAACCAUAUCCAUGGAGGCGUUGGACAUCCUGGAUGAAGCCUGCGAAGACAAGGCUAACCUGCACACUCUGAUCCACAUGAAACCAGCUCUGUCUCACCUGGGAGAUAAAGGAGUUCUGCUGCUGUUAAGGUUCCUGUCCAUUCCAAAGGGGUUCUCUUACCUCAACGAAAGAGGCUACGUCAACAAACAACUAGAAAAAUGGCAGAAGGAGUAUAAUCUGAAGUAUGUGGACAUGAUUGAAGAGCAGUUGAAUGAAGCUCUGACAACAUAUCGCAAACCUGUUGACGGAGACAACUAUGUUCGGCGCAGCAACCAAAGGUUACAGAGGCCAAAUGUUUUUCUCCCUGUUCAUUUGUAUGGGCAGUUGGUCCAUGAUAAGACGGGCUGCCUCUUAUUGGAAGCUCAGGGUGUUAUCCCGGAUCUCAGCUACACUGUUCGUUCUCCAGUUCUGGAUAAAUGGGAAGGCAUUAAACAGCUAAAGGCAGCGCUAUGGGCUCUGGGCAACAUUGGAAGCUCAAACUGGGGUCUGAACCUGCUCCAGGAAGAGAAUGUGAUUCCAGAUAUAAUAUCUCUGGCUCAGCACUGUGAGGUUCUGUCCAUACGUGGUACAUGUGUGUAUGUGCUGGGCGUAAUCAGCCGUACACGGCAGGGCAGUGACGUGCUGAAGUCUUUAGGAUGGGACUCUGUACGUCACAGCCGUAGGCAGCAGUGGCCCGUCGUUCCCGAUGAGGUGGACGCUCCGCUGCCCAGCGAACUCUCAUCUGUGCCCAGCACGCUCAGCCUCAACUCGGAGUCCACCAGCUCACGGCACAACAGCGAGAGCGAAAGUCAACCCAGUUUGUAUUUUAUGGAAGAUGAUCGUGAGAGGUUGGACAUGUACGAGGACUCUUCCUUCUGCUCACACAUGAAGCCCUCAAAGGACAGAAGCCCCUUCAACAUUCUGACCCCUUCACACCUCAGAAAUCGCUUUCUGAACUCCCUCUCUCUCCCUAGUAAGAAAGGGCGGAGCAUAAGUGACUCUAAAGGCACGAGCAAUGCCGUAAAAUUGCCAGAGGAACUCUGGCUCGUGCGGCGGAACCGUACUAUAACGGAACCCUCAAACUACUCUCCUGGCCACUCGGGGCAGUGUGAAGUUUUCUUUAACGGUAGUCGCAUGCCCCGCAGCCCGACGGUAAGCCUGGAGACAUCAUUUGUGGGCAUAAAAGCACUAGCAGAGCCAUACUUGACUGACGGAAGCUCUGAUUCGGAGAUAAAAGUUCACCAUAAGGCUGUGAUCCCUGGCCACGGCCCGCGGGAGCGAAGCAGCAGGGAACGUUUGACAUGUGACGGCACCUCUGUAUUGCCGGGAGGCUGUACAUUUAAGAGUCGCAGUCAAAGCUUUAACACGGACACCACCACCAGCGGCAUCAGUUCAAUGAGCUCCUCCCCCUCCCGAGAGCCGGCCUCCACCGUCGUUAUGGAUACGGACUGCGCCAGCCUCAACACAGUGGUCAGUGCCAAAACGGUAAAAAUGCAAGACUCUCUCCGCCCACAAGCCCACCACAACCACAUCCCCUUGUCCAAGUCCAAUUCCACCUCGCUGGUUCCUCCCGGCUCGGCGCAUACACUUCCACGCAGGGCGCAGUCACUGAAAUCGCCCUCCGUGGCUACCAUCAAAAGUUUAGUGGACUGUAGCUAUAUCUACACGAGCCCUCGUGACGCACUGGGCUACGCAACGUUAAAACGACUACAGCAGCAAAGGAUACACCCUUCAUUGUCCCACAGUGAAGCAUUGGCUUCUCCUGCUAAAGAUGUGCUGUUUACCGACACAAUCACCAUGAAAACGCACAGCCUCGAAUCGCGGCUCACCCCACGCAGGUUUCUGAAAGCUCUGAGUUUUGCAUCUCUUGAUAAGGAGGACUUGCUGAGUCCGAUAAAUCACUCCACACUACAACGAUCCUCGUCACUGCGCUCCAUGGUCUCUAGCGCCACCUUUGGCUGCAGCGAGGACUAUAUCGGCCUGGCACUGCCCAUGGACAUCAACAACAUGUUCCAGAUUAAAGAAACUUCCUAUUUCCAGAAGAGAACAAGCCCCCCUGCUGGAGAAAAAUCAUCCAAAUUUAUUUUUGGAGAUUCAGAUGGUUUUUUAGACUCAUGUCGCGGGCCUCUGUUGAAGCCGCAGGUUAGCAUAACGGAGCUGUUAAACAGCAGUCGUUCAGAACAGCACCACCUUCUGGGGGCAGAUGAAACUACAGGUUUACAGGAGCACACAGAGGAGAACUGCCUCUACUGCAGCGCACUCACUGCCCUCGGCUCGCACACACACAGCCACCUGAACAACACACACAAUCGUACAGAUCUGUCGGAUGGGUUCUCUCAGUGGCACAGCCAGCCGUCUCAUAAUCACCUGGAGGUGGUCGCCCAGUCGAAGUUUUCUGGGAUCUCUGGGUGCAGCGAUGCGACUGUGAGUCAAGACUCAGCCAGCAGCACUCCCAGCACAGAGCUCAUACUGGGUGGUAAGGCGAUAUCUGAGGAUGGACCUGCCUGUAGAGUUCUGUUAAGGAAAGAGGUUUUGCGACUGGUCAUCAAUCUCAGCUCAUCAGUCGGGACCAAAGGACACGAAACGGGACUGCUUACGAUAAAGGAGAAGUUUCCAUAUGCAUUUGAUGACAUCUGCCUGUACUCUGAAGUCUCCUUCCUGCUGGCAAACUGCAUGUUUCGUUUGGCUUCACGUCGCUUUAUUCAAGAGCUCUUCCAGGAUGUGCAGUUCAUUCCGCUCUAUGAUGAAGCUGAAGCUGUGUUGGCUAAGCCACCAAAACCUGUUCCAGUGGAGACAACAGAGUCUUGAUACCUACGUCAACUUCCUAAACACCUCAUCACUGUUAACUAUCAUCCCUCCAUCUCACCUUCCAUUCUCCCAUACACAUGGAGAAAUUGAAAAUGGAGGACAGAGAAAGCAAGAGAACCUGGAGUGGAUUUGGCAGAUUGGAGGACAGAAAGCAAGGGAGAAAAUCACUCUGCUUUACUGUAAAAGAGGCACUUACUGGAAUAGAAAUAGUGAGGAACUUAACAUGCUCCUGGGCUUGAGACUAUGUUUGGGGAAUGGUGAGCAGUUUACCAAAUUGUGUCUACAGACAGCGAGACAAACCAGAAUGCUUUAGACUGACAACUACACCAGAGUGUUUUGCAAUUACAAAUAUUAGGGUGACUUUAGUGGAAAAAAAAUGUAAAUGUUGUUUACACUUUAAAUGCACCGGAUGUGUAGAUGAGAUAAAAGAUUCUAUGAUCUGGUGUGUGUACAUAUACCACAUCUUGAUGUUUCAGAUUAUAUUGUCACGUAAACACUACAACAACAAAAACAAAAAAAAAUCAGUGGACUGCUUUGGAAUCGGCAGAAAUGACUGAGCGGUAACUAUGAAUUUAGGACUUCCAUCAAAAAAACUGGGCAAACAUCGAUUGCAUUUAUACUAUUUAUUCUUUUCUUUAUUUGUAUGUGUGUAUGGAUUUUUAUGACCUCCAGACAAUCAAACAAUUAGUGUGGAACAUUCAAACUCUUAUCGUCACAUAUCUUUUGUUGGAAAUCGGUCAUUGGUUUAUAAUUCUCACAGGAAAUUUGUCUUAUGAAACAUAUUGUAAAUCUCACAAAAACAUUUCUUUCACCCAGAAUGAAAAGGAAAUAUAUACACCGAUCAGCCAUAACAUUAAAACCACCUGAUUUGAUGAGAGAGGUCAACAGAGAAUGGCCAGACUGGUUCAAACUGACAAAGUCUACGGUAACUCAGAUAACCACUCUGUACAACUGUGUUGAGAAGAAUAGAAUCUCAGAAUGUUAUUCUGAGAUGCGGGUUGGCGUUGUUUUUGUGGCACGAGGGGGACCUACACAAUAUUAGGCAGGUGGUUUAAAUGUUGUGGCUGAUCGGUGUGUAUAUAUAUAUAUACUGUAUAUUGCAUAAUGUUUGUUUUUUUUUUUUACCAUGAAGAGUUUUUGCAUUGUGACAUUUUUAUGCCACUUUAUCCCAAAAUGUGAUUGCCGUAAUGUGUUCAGAUGUGAUUCUCAUUACGUUUUUUUUAUUAUUAUUAUUAUUUACAUUAGCAUGAAUUAAAGCCGGUACAAAAAAAAAAAAAAUUAUAUGAUGUAUAAAUACUUAACCAUUGAAAUAAUUGUAAAUGGUGGUGGUGGGGAGUAUCUUAAUUUUCAUGAAGAAAAAAAAAAAUUUACAAUGCAAAACAAUACAUUAUAUUUCUUUUGGUUUUUAGGGUGAAAUAUGAAAUGUUCUUCAGCAGUUUUGUAGGAUUCAUCAUCCAUUUAUAAGCAGCACAAAGGCAAAACACAUAGACAGCAAAACAACCAAAGUAACAAUACACACAUUCCCAGACCUAAUGGAGAUUUUAGGAGUAUGCAUGUGCACAGUGAAACUAGUUAUUUGAAACUAGUUAUUUGACCAUUGUCCACACUAUUGGCAGUCAGAUAACUAGUUUCAGUUGGAUUGGAUGAACUGUGGUUAGUAAGCUGAGAUAGAGUAUGCUUUAAAACUAUGUUUGCAACCUUAAGUCUCCCAUAAAAGUACUCGUUCUGUGCUGUGGCUUGAUCAUGAUACUUCAAUAUGAUGGUCCUGAUCAGAGAUACAGUGGUGGUUAGUUUCAGUUCUGACUGACAGGAAAAGAAACAGGAUAAGCAUUCUCUUGCAUAGUAUCAUUUUGUUUUUGUAAUAAAAGUGAUCCAAGUACCCUUAAUGGAAUAUACAAGUAAAGGUGUGUAGACAACAUGUGUGGAAUGCUGUUGAUUAACAAAGAAAGUAAUUUUGACCUGUACUUUAAUUUGUAAAAGCAAACAAAAAUUGUGUUGAGCUUUGGUACUUACUAUGGAAGUAUGUGGGGCAAGUAAACAUACAAAGGUUGACCCAUUGAAUUCAGUUGUAAAUGCAUUGCUGUACACGGGUGAAUCUCUCAAAAACCAUCAAGAACAUGACCAUCAAGAAUCUCAUUCUUAUUGCUGUAAUGCAGAAAAAAAUAUAUAAUUUUAUAAGUAUAUAUACCUAAUGGUAGUGUUUGUUGCAUUGUCUUUAUGCUUAUUUAAAUGAAAUGAAAUAAAAUAAUGCAGUACAAAAUAUUACUAUAUUACAAUAAUGAGAAUAAAUGGAAAUAAAAAAAACUCAAAAAGCAGCCAAACUACAUAAUUGUCACAAAAAUGUCACAAUGCUCAAAAUUGUAAUCGUCCUAAAAUAAGCUUCCAUUUCUUUAUGCAAAAUAUAAUUCCUUAUAUUUAAUUCAAGUUUGCCUAAAGGUUUUUGCUUGAGGUCCACCCAAAUAUUUUACCUUUUUUUUUUUUUUUUUUUACAAUUUAAGUACAAGCCAAAAGGAAUUUGUUUUAACUAACAGCAUGUUUAAAUUGUAUUGAACCUGGAAAAUUCCUUUAAGCUGCCAAAGCACUGAUUUAGGUAGCUUUAAACCAAUGUUUGCUUCACCUGUUGUCUUUAUUGGUGCUUUCUUUUACAUGAUUUUAAUCCCAGUGUAGUUUGGUGUGUUACUUUGAAUGUGUACCUGGUUUAUCACUUCAAACUCUGAACAACUGAAACCUGCACUGAAUUGUUUUACAUAUGUUGAAACACUGGCAGAGAGGUGUAACAUAUCUAAACGGGCAUCUUAAUAUUGAUGUAUUAUCAAUUUUGUAGUAAGCCAUGAUUUUUGCCUCCAUCUUGUUUAUUGCUGUUCUCGAAGUGUUCCAUAUGUUCACACAAAGCACUGAUCCGGUUAAUGUUUCCUAUGGUCAUAUUCUCCUAAAAUGAUGUUUAUUAGAUUGCAUGCUGAAGUGACACUCAAAUCCAGUUGCUUAUUUAUUUACUGCAAGACCUUUUGUUAAUAUGUGUGUAUCAACAGAACUGUUUAUGUCUCAGUGCUGCUGCUACUGCCUUGAACUGACUGCGAUUUGAUUGGCUGAAGAGAGUGCCAUGGCUUUUAAGUAUUGUCUAUGCUAUGGAUCUGUGCCAUAGUGGCGUGAGACGGGAAAAGAAAAACAUAUAUAUUUAUAUUUUUCCUAAAAGAUGAUGAGACAAUGUAAUUUAGUGUUCUUGUUUUGCCUGAGUUUUUGUUUCCCUUGCAAAGUGUGCACACUGUGUUUUAAAAAUCUUAGUCUUAUCAAAGGGAUAUAUAAUUAAAGAUAAGAACUCAUGGCGUGCAAUUGCAUCUUUUUCUGUGUGAUAUAAAAGACCAUAUGAAUA